AUGAAGGACCCUGGGAAUUUUACAUUGCCCUGCUCAAUAGGAGGGAAGAAGGUCGGGAACGCGCUGUGCGAUUUAGGGGCGAGCAUAAGUUUAAUGUCCUUAUCAAUCUUUAAGAAGCUGGAUACCGACAACACAAAACCAACCACGAUCACACUACAGUUGGCCGAUAGAUCUAUAACACAUCCUGAGGGUAAGAUAGAGGAUGUACUCAUGCAAGUGGACAUGUUCAUCUUCCCGGCGGACUUUAUCAUCUUGGGUCGCCCAUUUCUUGCAACAGGGCGAAUGCUGAUUGAUGUGCAAAAAGGAGAGCUCACCAUCAAAGUUGACGAUCAGGAAGUGAAGUUCAACAUUUUCAAUGCAUUGAAUUACCCAAGUGAUAUGGAGAAUUGCCAAUAUAUUGAGAAACUACGGGAAGAACCUUGGCACGAGCCCCUAGCAGAAUUGGAGGAAGAAGAAUUUGGAAUCGGCGCAAUAUGGGAGGAGGAUUGUGCCGUAAUUCAUGUUGAAUCAAAUUUUGAACCACUCAAGUUAUCUGAACGAACUUCAUAA